UGGUGCUCGGAGAGGAGCCUCUCACCAUGUACGGCUUUGUCAACUACGCGCUCGAGCUGCUCGUCAUCAAGACGUUCGGCGAGGAGACCUGGGAACGAAUCAAGAAAGACGCAGACGUGACGAUCGAGGGUCAGUUUCUGGUCAGACAAAUCUAUGACGAUGACGUCACCUAUAACUUGAUCGGAGCCGCCGUCCAACUCUUACAAAUUCCUGCAGAUGCGAUUCUCGAGUUGUUCGGCAAAAUGUUUUUCGAGUUCUGUCAGGACUCUGGAUAUGACAAAAUCCUCCAGGUGCUGGGAGCUACUCCGAGAGACUUUCUCCAGAACCUUGACGCCCUGCACGACCACCUGGGCACCCUGUACCCUGGCAUGAGGGCGCCGUCCUUCAGGUGCACAGAAGAGGACGGACAGUUGGUUCUGCACUACUAUUCGGACCGUCCCGGCUUGGAGCACAUCGUGAUCGGAAUCGUGAAGGAGGUGGCCAAGAAGCUGCACGACACGGAGGUCGAAGUGACCAUUUUGCAGAACAAAACUGAAGGGAGCGACCACGUCAAGUUCCUCAUUUCAGAAAAGGCUGUUGGGGCGGGCAGGCAAACCAGACCCGAAUUGGCCGAGAUGAGUCAGUCACUCUCUCUGGAGCCAAAAGUGAGCCCCGCCACGUUCUGCAGUGUGUUCCCAUUUCACAUCAUGUUUGACCGCGACCUGAAGGUCGUACAGACGGGCUACAGCGUCGCCAGGGUGAUUCCAAAAUUGGCUCAGAGGUGCACUCUUCCUGAAGUCUUGGAAAUGGUUCGCCCCCAUUUGGAUCUGACUUUUGCAAACAUCCUGUCUCACAUCAACACAGUCUACGUUUUGAGAACUAGACCCGGCGCUUAUGAGCGCGGCAUGGCUGAAACGGACGAACCCGAGUUCAAUUCCCUUCGACUUAAAGGCCAAAUGUUGUACAUUCCAGAAUCAGAGCUGGUAGUUUUCCUUUGCUACCCUAGCGUUAUGAACCUUGACGACCUGACGAAGCGCGGUCUUUACAUCAGUGACAUUCCUCUUCAUGACGCCACCAGGGAUUUGGUUUUGUUGAGCGAACAGUUUGAGGCGGAAUAUAAACUGACGCGCAAUCUGGAGAUUCUCACCGACAAGCUCCAGUCGACCUACCGCGAACUGGACGGCGAAAAGCAGAAAACUGAUGGGUUGUUGUAUUCCGUGCUGCCAAUCUCAGUGGCCAGCGAGCUGCGUCACAACCGACCAGUCCCUGCCCGCAGGUACGACUGCGUGACCCUUUUAUUUUCGGGAAUUGUGGGCUUUGGAACUUACUGCGCUGCCCAUUCAGACGCUCAAGGCGCCAUGCAAAUCGUGGACAUGCUCAACCGAAUUUACACCCUCUUCGACUUCCUCACAGACCCCUGCAAGAACCCUAACAUUUACAAGGUCGAAACAGUGGGUGACAAAUACAUGGCGGUCAGCGGCCUCCCCGAGCCCUGCGCUUCACACGCCCGUUGCAUGGCCCGCCUGGCCCUGGACAUGAUGGACAUAAUCAAAGAUCUGAAGGUGGAUGGAGAACCAGUGCGAAUUACUAUUGGUCUGCAUUCUGGCGAGGUGGUGACUGGGGUCAUUGGUCACCGCAUGCCCAGAUACUGCCUCUUUGGCAACACUGUCAACCUGACCAGCAGGACAGAAACCACUGGUGAACCUGGCAGGAUCAAUGUUUCCGAGGACGCUUACAAGGUGCUGAUGCAACCGGACAACGCCGACCCUGGCCUGCACUUCGAACCGCGAGGUCUGGUGCCCAUGAAAGGUCGCACCGAGCCAAUGCAGGUCUACUUCCUUUCCAGAACGGAAAUCGAGGAGUGAAGCAAGAAAAUGCCAUCAAACACGACCAUUUCAAAAUACGCUGGAGUAUUUUUGUCUACACGUUGAAUGUUUAGUGUUGUGUGCAAACCACCCCUACUUAAGAGUAAAGUUGUUCUACAAAGGUUUAGUGUUAAAAUUUCCAUCCUCUUUUGAAAAUUGCCACAAGUGUUUACAAAUAUUUAUUAUUUGUAUUGUAAUUAAUUGUUUCAAAAUCUUAUUUAUUUUAUUAAUUGCGUCAAAUGUUACGAUUAUGUGGAUGCCAAGUGGAAAAUUAAAAGUAAAAGUAUCUGAGAAUAAAAUGCGAAAAUGCAUCCAGGUGUAAAUUUGUUUUAUUGGCUACUCAAAACGUCAUUUAUUAAUUCCCAAGAAGAAAAAUUUUGGCGCCAGC